GGCGAGCGGCCGCCAGUGCGGACGGGGAACGCGGCGGAGAAAGGUGUGUGUUGUCGUCGCUCUCUCUCCCUCAGCUCUCGCCAGGAGGAUGUCUUCUUCUCAGCUCCGCAGGGUCGUCCUCAGCACGGGGAAUAUUCUCGAGAUGGAGGACCUGAUACGCAAGGCGGGGCAGACCACAUCGGAAGAGCUGAGUGGGAGCAUAAAGACCACCCUGAACAGCUGGGAAGGGGGUAAGGUUGACCUGCAGAACGGUGGUGUGUUUACCAUACAGAGGAACUUCAAGAGACUCACAACCAAUGACAACAGCGGCACCAAGACCACGGUGAAACUCUUCCUCAGCAAUAAUGAGUCCACGCAGGUAGAGGACGCAAUCAGAACAGUAUGCGAUGGCCUCGACGCCAACAAUUCUAACAUUGACGGGAGUCCAAGAGGCAGGCGAGCAGGUCUUCUCCACAAUCUGACCAAUCUUUGUCAUAAAUGGGCAGUUUGUCAUGGAGAUGAAGACAGUUUCGGUACAAGUAUUGGGGAGGGAUGA